AUUUUAACAGAGUUAAAUUCAAACAGGAUUAGCAACAAUGAACUUCCCUCUUAUUGCCACAAUCUCUUUAAUAUUGUUUGGAGCAUGUUCAGUGCAGGCCGACAUGGACGACAUUCUUGCCUCGAUGCGUGCAUGCCACGAAACCCAUCCAACAUCGGUGGCAGAAGUUGAGAAAUUUAUAAACGAUAAAAAUGCCGAGUUUGGCGAUGUCUUUAAAUGUCAUGUCAAAUGCGUUUUGGAAAAGGAAAAUGCCUUUAAGAAUGACAAAUUUGAUGAUCAGGCCUUUGUAAAAUUAUCUCUGGAGAUUCCGGAACUGAAAAAUCGUCAAGCUGACAUUCAGAAGGCCGCUGAAGAGUGUAAAAACGAAAAGGGAGCAAAUGAGUGUGAGACGGCAUACAAAGUGGCCAAAUGUCUUAUUAAUCAUAAUGUCAUUAUUUUCGUGGAUAAUGGAAAGAAAGUGUAAUGUGAAAAAAGUGUGUUAAAUAUUCGGAAAAAUAUGAAUUAUAAAUUGGAAGAAAA